AUGAAUGCUGCUUCAGCCUCAAAAAAUGGACCCUUUUCCACAACCCAAGAGCCCUUUUUUUACGCACAACCGACUGCUCAGCAAAUAUUCCCGAAUCCAUGCUUCCUUGGCCCUAUGUACAACCCAUAUGGCAUUCCUACCACAGGCUUUAGGAGUGGAAAUCCAUAUUACCCAAUCUAUUCUAUACCUCUCCAUGACUACCCGGGAUUUCUUGUCCCACAGCAUCCCAUGCAUGUAAGAGUGAACAGAAGACCUUAUUUUAACGGUCACGUACCCUCACCCAUGUUUCGUCAAGCGACACAGGUCAGGCACUACAGCCCAGGGAGACGAACGGAGACUAAAGAAACCCAGACAGAUGUGAAACAGUCUGAAAGUAAACUGAAAAAGCAUCAGGAUCACGGUAUGGAAGUUCAAGGCUGCAGUGCUGGAAAUACAGCUUACACCCCCUCUAGUACUGUUAAAGGAACUGAAAGCCCCUUGGAAAAACAGGAUAGGUCUGUGUUUUCUACUGUUUCCGACAGAGACUUUGCCAAGAGCUCUUCAGGGUCUGUACAGCUCCGAAGCCUCCCCCCACCAAGCUAUGCCUACGAAAAAGAGGAAGUCAGAAUAGAGUAUGAUAAUGACGGUGCCCCUGCCAUUCAGUUAUGGAAGUCCUUCAAAGAAACCAUCCCUCUAUAUGAUGUGGCGGAGAAGUCAGUCCCAGAGAAUGUAAUGCAAAGAGAUGUGUUUGUUCUGGCUUCCUGUGAAGGAGUUGUGUAUGGGCCCCGUGAACGAGGGGAGUUGGUGCCCAGUAUCACAUAUCCAGAGGAGCAAAAGGCUCUUGAGGAUGGGCAGGAGAAAGAGACUCAACAUAAAGGAAAACAGGAUGCCGAAAAACCAGGGACCACAAGCCACUGGACAAGAUCCCCACCAGAUAAAACCAAAGCAGCGCAGAUGGCUGAAUCAACUAAACAUGACUCGGUAGGAGCAAGGCAAGAAGAUCUGAUGUCCAAAAGAUCUUCUGGCUCAAAAAGGUCAGUUGGUUCAAAAACUCCUCAAGAGGCAUCAGACCAGGUUCAACAAAAUGAACCAUUUCUGUCUGAUAGAGAGAAAACAAAUGAUGCCGGUUUCCCUAAGAAACUGGAAGAAAAUAACGAGGUGUCCCUUGGAAGUCAAGCAACUCUAGAAAGAAGCCUAUGGUGUGAUGAGUCUGAGAAAUACAUUCCUUCCGACAGUUGGCUGGCUUGCUUGGACUACAUGGACACCAACCAGAACAUGUAUGUGUCCCAAAGAAAACGCCCUAGUGUGCUCAGUCUUACCUCUGACGAGAUAUCUUCUGUGGAUGAAGGCUCAUCCCUUGAUAAUGUACCAGUGUCUUAUUUUGCCCCUGGCCACGCAUUUCAAAAGGGUGUUCAUCCCUUCAAAAAAAGCACAGAGGGCUCAGAGAGAGAGAAAAUAAAAAGUGGAGGUUUCCUCAAUGAAGACAAGGAAGUGGUGGGAGGAGAGAAGGUCGGUGUUAGUGAGAGCAGGAAUGUGAAGAGCUGUUCCAGGAUCAAGAUUAAAGAGCUCUCCAGCCGAUGUAGGAAGCUGGGUACUCUGGGUAAGUCUUCCAGUAGAAAGAAGCUCUAUUCACUGAAGAAAAAAGCUGCUAAGAGUUGGUCGCCAUCAGAAGCCGACGACUCUGAAGAAUAUUGGGUGAAAGAAGCGGAGGAUGAGGAGGAAGAGGAGGAACAGGAAGAAUACUACUUGAUCCGAGGGGUCGCUCCUUAUGGGACUUUACCCCCUGCCAAAUAUGGCCUCUACCGACAGGAUGGCCAGCAAGUGUUUUGGAAGGUACCCAAAAAUGCUGUUCCAGCACAGCUCAUCAAUUGGCCUGCUCAAGAAAAAAUAAAAAUUUCCAGACUGGCUAACAAGCUGAAGGACGAAGAAGAGGAUGAAGAGCUUUGUGAUGACUACAACUUCUAUCUGAAGAGACCAAUAGCCCAACAACUUGAAGAGCUUGAGCACAGAAAAAAUUUCCAAAGGUAUUCAGGAAAGCUACUGAAGGAAGGUGAAGGAGUUGCAGUCGAUGACUACUGGCUAAGAAGUGGUGCUAAGCCCAAGUUUGCUAGCUUGCUUCAUGGUGGACUCUCUCCAACAUCCAAAAGCAGAGAGCCAGAAUGCACACCGAAGAAGAGAGGGGUACGCAAGCCUCCGCACAAGCGUAGAGACACCAGGCAUGAUGCAGAAAUAGAGGAGCAAUGGGAGAAGAUGAAAACCACCCAUCACCACAAAGAUUCACCUGUAUCUCAAGCUAAACUCAAUCCGUUGCUAAAGAACAAGUGCAUAUUUAGAAAGAAACAAAUAAUAACAUUCCUUAAUCUCUUUGUGCAGUACAUGGAACAAAAAGAUUUCUCUAUAAAUGAAGAUCAGCAGAACUGUAAAAAUGCUGAAGUUUCUCCGUAUCAUCCUGAUGAGUUAUAA